CUGUAGCUAUAUAACAAAAAACCGAGUUUUCAAAAGGGAGGAACGAGAUCUCGCUAUGAUUAGUUUAUAUAAUUCCCAAUGAUUGAGUUGCCCUGCUGCAGCACUAGCAAGAAGAACCUGUGGGAGUGAACGAAAACGGGGAGAAAGAGGGAUAGAGAGAGAGGGGAAGAAGAUGAAGUCCAUGCAUGAUAAUAACAACGGGACUAAUAAUAGCUGGUUGGGUUUCUCUCUCUCGCCCCAUAUGAAAAUGGAAGUUACUCCUGAUCCUCAGCACCCUCAACAUCAUUACCAUCAUCAAAGCCAGGCUUCUUCCGCUGCUGUUUCCAGUGCCAUCCCUACUAGCUUCUACCUUUCUUCUCACCUCAAUAGCUCUGCAAUCUGCUACGUGGUGGGAGAAAAUGGCGGCUUUCACUCCCCUUUAUCUGUAAUGCCACUCAAGUCAGAUGGGUCUCUUUGUAUCAUGGAAGCUCUCACUAGAUCACAAUCAGAAGGGAUAGUGCAUAGUUCCUCUCCGAAACUAGAGGACUUUCUGGGCGCUGCAAGUAUGGGAGCCCCCGAGUAUGGAAGCCAUGAAAGAGAAGCAAUGGCUCUUAGCUUAGACAGCAUCUACUAUGAUCAAAAUGUCGAAGCUGUAAACAGAAGGGACCAUCACUUGGACCUUCUGCAAGAGCCCUACAGGCAACAAGAGCAACAGAUUCCAGUUCAAAAUCACCCACACUAUGCGGGGUUUCCCUGUCUUGGGAUUUACCAACCACCAUUAGAUGAAGAAUCUAAGGACACCCAUUUAGCCGAUUGUGGUUCCCAAAUCCCUCAAAUCUCAGAGGAUGGAAUACCUUGCCUCAAAAACUGGGUGUCUGGGCAGUACUCUGCCCAACAUGUCCUGGGGCAGCAGAUGAAUAGCAACAUGGUUGAUGAUUGUGGAGCUUCUAGGUCUCUUGUUGCAAUUGGUUGUGGAGAUUUACAGUCUCUAAGUUUGUCCAUGAGCCCUGGUUCUCAGUCUAGCUGCGUUACAGCUACAAGGCAGAUAUCACCUACUGGAACAGAAUGUGGUGCCAUGGGAACAAAGAAGAGAGGCCCCGGAAAAGUUGCUCAAAAACAGCCUGUACAUAGGAAAUCCAUCGACACAUUUGGUCAGAGAACUUCACAAUAUAGAGGUGUUACAAGACACCGAUGGACAGGUAGAUAUGAGGCCCAUCUGUGGGAUAACAGUUGCAAGAAGGAAGGACAAACCAGGAAAGGAAGGCAAGUUUAUCUGGGGGGUUAUGAUAUGGAAGAGAGAGCCGCCAGAGCUUAUGAUCUUGCGGCCUUGAAGUACUGGGGACCAUCCACACAUAUUAACUUCCUGUUAGAAAACUAUCAAGUAGAACUAGAAGAAAUGAAGAACAUGAGCCGGCAGGAAUAUGUUGCUCACUUAAGGAGGAAAAGCAGUGGUUUUUCCAGGGGAGCUUCAAUGUACCGUGGGGUCACGAGGCAUCACCAGCAUGGUAGAUGGCAAGCUCGGAUUGGCAGGGUUGCAGGGAACAAAGACCUUUAUCUCGGGACGUUCAGCACCCAAGAGGAAGCGGCCGAAGCUUAUGACGUUGCCGCCAUCAAGUUUCGUGGGGUAAAUGCUGUUACUAACUUUGACAUCACCAGAUACGAUGUGGAAAGGAUCAUGGCCAGCAGUACUCUACUUGCUGGGGAACUGGCUAGGCGAAACAAAGAUAAAGAGUCAAGAACUGAAGCCAUUGAGUACAAUCCAUCAAUGCAGAACGGUGGCGGAACCCAAAUUCCUGAAAAUAACAAUGGGAAUGGCUCAGAUUGGAGGAUGGUUUUGUGCCAGCCCCCCCAGCAAACACCCAACUCCUGUGUCGAAUCUCUUGAAAACAAAAAAUCUUUAAGUUUUGUCGAUUACCAUCGAAAUGCUUCUUUCUCAGUGGCCCUACAAGAUCUCAUUGACGUUGAUUCAGUAAACUCAGGCCAGGUGAUGGCUAAUGACUCCGGCAAACAUGGAACCCACUUUUCUAAUCCAUCCUCUCUGGUGACCAGUUUGAGCAGCUCAAGAGAGGCUAGCCCGGAUGGAAUAGGCUCCACAAAUCCAUUUGCGAAGCCUCCUUUGGCGUCAAAGUUCAUUAGCCCUGCUGCUGGUGUUAGUUCUUGGUGGGAAUCGGCUCAGUUGAGGCCUGCUGCAAUCCCCAUGGCUCAUUUGCCUGUUUUUGCUGCUUGGACUGAUACCUAAAAAGUUUAUAUGCAUUUUUCACAUGUGAAGUUUUGCAAGCAGUAGUAAAAGGAAGAAAUAGGUUUUGGUGGUUGGAGGAAAGGAAGAUGAUGUAAGAUUUGAUUUUGUUUCUUGAAGUUGCUAGUGGGUGAAGUUGGGAAUUAAUGAAAAGAAAAUGUGAUGGCCAGCUAUCCGUCUCUAAGCAAAGUGCAAGAAACUUUUUCAAAACCGAAACUUUUGGUUCAUGUUGGAAUAUGAAGAUCUUGAAAAAUAGAGGGGAGAGGGAUUAGGGAAGAACCAGUGAUUAAAUUCCAUGAAAUGGUGUUUGCAAUAUGGAAGCGUCCAUUACAUUGUUGAAUUUUCUUUUUUCCACCUUUUUUGGUCCUGCAGAGUGCAAAGUACAGAACCAGCUCAGUGUUUCCCAAGCAAAUGUGAAGGGCUUGCUUUGACCAUAUUAUGAUCUCGUUUCAUUCCCCAA